UGACAAGUAAAAGUAAUGGCGUUGAAUACGGGUGGCGACGCUUGGAUAGUGGCUGCUAUAGAUUUUGGGACAACAUACAGUGGUUACGCGUUUUCGAUGAGUGGCGAUCCAUUAACAUUUUAUUCCCCAGGAAUAUGGUAUUCUGGACAAGGAGGAAUGUCUUCAAUGAAGACUCCUACAUGUUUACUGUUAAAUCCAGACCAGACUUUCAAUGCAUUUGGAUUCAAGGCCGAAGAAUUGUACGCUUCACUGGCCACUGAAGAUGAGCACCUCGAGUACUUCUUUUUCCAGAGAUUUAAAAUGGAUCUUCAUUUUAAGAAUGUGAAAAAAGAUUUAUGCAUUAAAGAUGUUUCUGGCAAAUCGUUAUCAGCCAUGAAAAUAUUUUCUUUGUCUAUUAAAUACCUUAAAGAUCAUUGUCUUAAAACGAUGCGAGACAGAGGAGUAGAAACCAGACAAACGGAUAUCAAAUUUGUCUUGACGAUUCCUUCCAUUUGGAAUGAUCGUUCAAAAGAGUUUAUGAGAACUGCAGCUGUUGAAGCCGGUAUAAGAAAUGAUAGCUUAGUGCUAGCUUUGGAGCCAGAAGCAGCCUCAGUCUACUGUCAACGAGUCCCUCUAGAAAAUCUUAAACAUGGAACGGGAAAAACAAUAAGUGUUCCUGGCACCAGAUAUUUAGUGGCAGAUAUUGGAGGUGGCACAGCUGACUUUAGUGUUCAUCAAGUUGACGACGAUGGGUCAUUGACAGAACUUUAUCGCGCGAGUGGAGGGCCGUAUGGAGGGAUUUACGUUGAUGAAAAAUACCUGAAAAUAUACGAUACAAUUUUUUGACAAAAAGCACUUGAAAAGCUCAAAUUUCAUGAUAUGGGAGAAUAUUUUACAAUUCUCAAAGAAUUUGAAAACAAAAAGCGCUCAAUCAAUCCAGAUUUUCAGAUGUCUUUUGUUACAAAAUUGCCAGCUAUACUAAACCAAAACUGCUCUGACCAAGAUAAAAUGAAAGCUAUUCAGGCAUCCUAUUUAAAAGAUCAAGUAAAAAUUGUGAAAGACAAGGUGAAAAUUUCUGCUCGAAUGAUGAUGAGUUUUUUCGAAGACUCAUUAAGUCAAACUAAAAAACAUGUUAUGGAAAUUUUACAAACUGUCACAAAUAUAGAACAUAUUCUCAUUGUUGGUGGUUAUGGCGAGUGUAGUUUGUUACAAGAAACAUUCAAAAAAGAGUUUUCGAACAAAAAUAUUGUUAUACCCAAUGAGUGUAGCUUGGCUGUUAUCAAGGGUGCAGUACUAUUUGGACAUGAUCCUAUGGCGAUAUCGUCAAGAAUUUUACGGUAUUCCUAUGGUCCUGCAGUACAUGCCAUUUUUGAUUCAACAAAGCAUCCGGAAGAAAAACGAUAUAUCGAUAAAAAAGGCAUUGAAAGAUGUAACGAUGCCUUCGACCAGCUAAUCGCCAGAGAUACAAAAGUACCUUCAUCUGGGAAAACAUUAACUCAUACGGCAGUUCCACUUUAUGAUGAUCAGAAAGGUUACGUUUUGCGCUUAUAUUGCACAGAGGAAAACGGUCCUGCAGUGAUUAAAGACAACUUUCAACUUGUUGGCAAGCUGAACGUUUCUGUACCUGAAUACAUCCAGGGCAAAUGGGAAGCAGAAGAACAUUAUACUUUCGGUAUGACAGAAAUCAAGGUGUCGUCGACAGUCAAGGAAACCGGAGAAACUUUUGAAACCUCGUUUGACUUGCUUGAAUAAUUUUUUACCAAAUAAUCUGAACAACAAUUGAUAAAAGAAUUUUCUAAACUCUCUGAAAUAUUUGUUAUGCACGAUGCUAGGCCCCAAUCAAAUU